UGCGAUGCCACGCCGGGCCGACGACGACACGGACGUGGAGCAGACGCUCAAGCGCAAGGUCAAGAACGAGCGCACCAACCUCUUCGAGUGGGUCAAGUACAAGUGUCUCCUCCACGGCCCAGACCUGCUCCUGGACCCGUGCGACGUCGAGGACGCGCUGCCUGGCACGUACCGCAUUGCGCUCGACCACGUGGUCUCGGUGCAGACGAAGGCCGGCUCGCGCUUUGAGCUGGUUCAUACCACCGCCAGCCAUGGCCGCCGUACGCGCGAAGAGUUUAUGGCGCCGACGCCGCAGCACUGUACGCGAUGGGUGGCCUCGCUGCAAGCCAAGGUGCUGCGGGUGCAAGCCGACGUUGCCGAGACGCCGAGACGCUCCAUGGCAACGCACGCCGCGAGCCCUGCCAUCGCCCACGAGCAACGUCAUGAGAGAAUGGAAGUGGCGACCACGACGCCCCUCGAUCUCGACAAGCUCGAUGGCAUGCUCUCGGUGAUCGAGGCCACGUCGCCGACGCUCGCGAAAAGCUGGGGCAGCGUUCGCCCUGCGAGCACCAAGAGCCUCCCGGACGACGACGAGACGCCCAAGCCUACGGUGCGCUGCGAGGUAGACGAGGUGCCCAAGCCUACGGCGCGCCAAGCGGUAGACGAGACCCCACUCGCUCGGCGGUGGACCGCGUCCGAACACGACGCGUCCGAGCAGCUCGACAUCCUCGUGCGAGUCGAGAGCGCGCUCAAGCAACUCGAGCUGGACAACAAGGCGGCGCUGCAGCGCGAGGCCGACCUUCGGCAGGAGCUCGCCAACGCUAACGAUACCGUGCGUCUCUCGAGCGCCGAGAAGCAAGAGCUCGCGGCCCAGCUGCGCGAGGUGGCCGCCGAGCGCGACGAGUGGAAGGCGGUCGCACGGCAAAAGCAAGACGAGGUAGUAUUUGCGUCGUCGGUACCAAAGCAUGUAUAG